AUUCAGCGCACCAAACGCAAACAAACAUCGCAGUCGACAAAUGCAGUAUGGCUUCGCGAAACGAAAAUUAUACUAUUUUAGUGAUGAGUGCUGCAGUUUUAGUAAUGGCUGAUGUAAAUAAAAAAAAGAGAAGACAACGACGUUGGUGGCGUACUAAUUUAUUCAAGAAACGCAGUGGUACGGGAGUUUUAAUGGACCUAAAGUCGCAAGAAAUAAGCGGACAGUAUAAAAAUUUCACUCGAAUGACACCUACUGACUUUGAGAAUCUGCUGCAAAGGAUUGGACCCCAAAUUUCAAAACAGGAGACUUAUUUUCAAUUUCCAAGCAGUCGAUUGGGCCUACCUCAGACUCCCACAGCUUGGAAACAAGUUAGCAAGAUAUUUGAAACUCGUUGGAACCUUCCUCAUUGUGUUGGUGCCCUAGAUGGAAAACACGUUGUUUUACAAGCACCAGUGAAAUCGGGUACCGAGUUCUUCAAUUAUAAAUCCAAUUUUAGUAUUGUGCUUUUCGCACUGGUUGAUGGUGAUUAUAACUUUAUGUUUGCUGACGUAGGCUGCUAAGGAAAAAUUUCUGAUUGGGGGGGUUUUUAAGGCAAGCAAAUUAUAUCAGCAGCUUCCAGAAAACAGACUAGGACUUCCAACACCAGAAGAACUAGAAGGACGUUCUAUGCAAAUACCGUAUUUUUUUGCCGGCGAUAGCGCAUUUGCUUUAAGCGAAAAUCUCAUGAAGCCCUAUACUGGGGACUUUCCAAAAGGAACUCCUCAACGAAUUUUCAAUUAUCGUUUG